UCAAAAUGAGACAAAAGUCUGCAUAAAAUAUGAUUUAAUUAAAAUUUUUAAUCUAUUUAAUUAUUGAAUUUAUUCAUUAUUUAAAUGAUGUUUUAAUUUAAAGUAUUUAAAUUUAAAAUGUCCAAAAAGUCAUCGUCGUCUUCUUUGUCCUCGGCCAAUUGGUUCCUAAGUCCUGUGGCAGAUAAUAAUAAGAAUAAUAAUAAUUAUAACAAUAAUAAUAAUAACAAUAAUUCAAUUAGCGAUUGCAAUAAUAAUAAUAUCAGUAAAAGUUUCACUAAGGACAAAAAGCGCUUCUCCAUCUCCUCCAUUAUGAAUUCAGGCAGCAAUGCAUCUCUCAAUAAUGUAGCUACAAAAAAUACUGCAAAUACUACUACUACGACUGCUACUACUACCACUACUACUACUGCAGCUACUUCUGCUACUUCUACUAAAACAAUCACUACAGCUGCUAAUACUAUUGCCACAAACAUGGCUACUACUAAUAAAAGUAGUAUUACUACCAAUACUUCAGCUUGUCCUGCUGGUAGUUUUACUACAAUCGCUACUGUCGCCACUACAUCAGCCACUACUAAAACUAACAUUAUAGCAAAUACUGCUAGUACUACAACUAGCUUCACUAAUAUAACAACAACAUCAACUACCACUACUACUACUAAUAAUAGUGCAAAUAAUACUACUAUAACGUCUACUGUUACUUCUAAUAAGACUAUUUCUACUACUGCAACUGCAGCGGCUUUUACGGCUGCUAGUGGUACCACGGAAGUAGACGGUUUGCCAAUCCAGAUUAAAAACGCCAAAUGCAGCCAAGAUGAUUUGGUGCUGAAGAUAAAUAAGUAUAAUUACUACAUCCAGAUGCAAAUUAGGUUCAAAGAAGAGAAUGUGGAGAAAUACUUGAGAGAUAGCGAAUCCACACUGGACAGGGCCCAACUCUCCAAAUUGAAAUCCAACUUCGAGAAGAACAACUGCAAGUUCAACCAGUGCAUCGGCCACUACCAGUAUAAAAAACAGGGUUACGUGAAAAAAUUGAUGGAUCUGAAGAACGAGCGAAGAUACAGCUUACCGUAUCAGAAAAAUAAUAAUAAAAAUAAUAAUAAUAAUAGUAAUAAUAUCAGCAUUAAUGGCAGUUCUGUCCACAAAUCUCCGGAGAAAUCCCCAUCAUUCAGUAUCUCCCGCCUAAUUCCGAGAUUCAAUUUCAAUGGCAGUCUGUCCGGUAGUGCUGAUAACAUUGCUGAUAUGACUGGGAAAGAGAAAAUCCAAAAAUGCACGAACAAUAACAACAACAACAAUAAUAAUGAUAACAAUAAUAAUAACAGUAAUAAUAACAAUAAUAAUAACAAUAAUAAUAAUAAUAAUAAAAGGCCAAAGCAGAUGCUUAUGAACCUAAGGCAAAAGUCUAAAUCCGAAGUCGACUUAUCGCCGAGGUCAAGCCUCAACAGCCCGUCGCCCUACUUCAUUUCUCCCAAAGACCGUAAAUAUUACGAAGAUAACAAUAAUAAAGAUCACAAUAAUAAUAAUAAUAAUAAUAAUAAUAAUAAUAAUAACAAUAACAAAAUAAAUAAUAAUGGUAAUAAUAAUAGAAAUAAUAAAAUUAACAAAGCCGCCAGUAAAUCAACCUUCUAUUGCUAUUACGAUGAUGAAUGUAAUAAUAAUAAUAAUGAUAAUAAUUAUAAUAAUUAUAAUAAUAAUAAUAAUAAUAAUGAUGACGAUGAUGAUGGUAAUGAUGACGUAAAGAUAAGAUCGAGAAUGAUGCUAAAAGAGUUGAUGAUGAUAGUGAGAGAGAGAAAGACGGAGAACGAAAGGAUUAGAAGCGCCCUCGACCAGAUCAAUCUACAGUUCAGAAGUCUUGCUGAUCAGAGACAGUGUUUGCUAGAGGCAUCCGAGAGGCGGACACACAUGCAAAAGAAACUUAAGCAUCUUUUGAGCAGGCAGACUAAUGAGAUUGUCUGUCUUAAAAUGGAUAUAGUUCACCUGGAAGAGAAACUUUCACUGAAGGUAGAGGAAAAGUUCAAGGACGGUCAAGAUGUGGUCAACUACUGCAAGGAAAAGUUUGACCUCUUGGAACAACUGCACAACCACACAAACGACAGCAACAGCAACUACUGCAACUACAACAACAUCAUCAACAGCCACAAAUUCACCGGAAGUAGUCUACUGAAACCUCAACCAAUCAGCUUCCAGAGAGUGACUCACGUGGCCAUCUCGAUAGCCAAUCACGUCCUUUCUAUCGUUGCCGCUAUUUUAGUUGCCAUAGCGACUACGGUGUCGUCGUUUAGGGCUUCCAGCAGCAACAACAACAACAAUAAUAAUAAUAACUCUACUACUACUACUACUGCUGCCACUACUACUAUUACUUAUAAUAAUAAUAACACGAGUGGCGUUAACAUUAGCAACAUAAGUAGCAGUAGUUGUAAUACUAGCAUAGGCUGCCGGCCAACCAUAUCUCUCUCAGAUGAAGUCAUCACCUCCAUCAUCGAGUCGGACAUUUUCAAAUCCCAAUUCCAAAAUGUCAAGAGGAGCUCAUACGAGAGGGAUAAAAUCUACUGCAGUAUGGCUGUCUCCAAGUACGUGAAAUUCUCAGACAUCCAGCAUGAACUGAGCAAGGCGUUUGGCGACAAGAGUCCGAUAAGUAUGCUGAUGGAGUACGCGCAAUACAGCAAGUCCGUCGUCAACAUCAUGGAGAGUGGCCCCCCUGAGGGUCCGGAUCAUAAGCCGAUAUUCACGAUGGUGGCUGUCGUCAACGGCUGCCCCUACACGCGCGUCAUCGCUCACUCGAAGAAGGAAGCCAGGGCCGGCGCUGCCUAUGUGGCUUGGAGGGAAAUUGUCACAGAGAAACAGCAAGAGUUAAAAGAAUUUCUACAUCAACCCAAUCAAUCACUGGAAAAUCAAGUUACAUGCCUAGUAAACUUAGAAUACACGAAGAAAAUCCUAGAGAACCCGACAGCUUUUUGCGGUAGAAAGGUACUGUCAGGUAUCAUUAUGAAGUAUCCCAAAUGUGAUAAAGAAGGUGAUAGUAGCGGUAUCAUCGAGAAAAUCUCAAAAACUAAUAAUGAUACCUAUCAUAAUGAUGAUGAUAUCUGUCGUGAUACUGGUCUGGAUGGUAUUAAUACGAAAUAUCGGAAUAAUAACGAUAAUUCGCAAGUAGCUGCUCGUAAAAGUGGUUGUAUCAAUGGCGUUAGUCGUAAUGGUGACUGUGAAGAUGAUACUAAAGAUACUAUUGGAAAGAAGAUACCUGACGAUGGAAACAGAUGUAUUUCAAGCCAGCACUUGAGUCUGGAUGGCCUCUCGGUUAACGAUUCACACGCCGAAGUUAUCGUCAGGAGAGGAUUUCUGAGGUAUGUGCCUGAACUCUAG